UCGUGUUCAGUGAGUUGCGAGACCUGAGGGUGUUAAGACCUUGGGCGUAGACAUUGCUUGACAUACAUUUAUCAACAGUUGUGCUUUUGCUGUGUGAUACAAGGAAGCUAAGUAGGUGAACCUGUUGGCUUAGAGACUCAUUGGUAAAUAUGGUGUUUCAGCAUGGGCAAGAACCUUCAUCACCUUUGCCUCGUCCAGGCUUGCUGCUGACAAUGCCAGGAAACAAUGCCCUGUCACCAGACUCAGCUCUUGGAGCUGACAUAUUUGAUCACUUCUGCUCGGCUCAAACAUUCAAAAGUAUCUUGAGCCACUACAGAAGAUUAUGUGCGGCUUUGAAUCUGAAGUCUGGCAAGUUCCCAGUGUUUUAUCCUAAGCUUAAGUCAAAACUCAAGUCCUGGAAAGCUCAGGGACUCUUCUCGAAGUUUGACAAAAGAGCUUCUCACAAGUGCUACAGCAGAGGACUAGCAUGUGCCAAUACAAAGGUGCUGGUGAUUGGUGCCGGGCCGUGCGGCCUGCGUGCGGCGAUCGAAGCCCAACUUCUGGGAGCGCGUGUGGUCGUGCUGGAGAAACGCGACAGGUUCAGCCGCAACAACGUCCUCCACCUAUGGCCCAUGGUCAUUCACGACCUCAAGGCGCUUGGUGCCAAGAAGUUCUUCGGCAAGUUCUGCGCUGGUGCCAUCGACCACAUCAGCAUCCGGCAGCUGCAGUGCAUCCUGCUGAAGGUGGCGCUCCUGCUGGGGGUCGAGGUGUACGAGAACGUCGGCUACGAGGAGCUGGUGGAGCCGGCGGACGAGCGGACAGGCUGGCGCGCCCGGCUCAGCCCGCCCGAGCACCCGGCCGCCGACUUCCAGUUCGAUGUCCUGAUCGGCGCCGACGGCAAGAGAAACACGUUCAAAUGCUUUCGGCGCAAAGAGUUCCGCGGGAAGCUGGCCAUCGCCAUCACGGCGAACUUCGUGAACCGGCACACGGAGGCUGAGGCGCGCGUCGACGAGAUCUCCGGCGUCGCCUUCAUCUUCAACCAGAAGUUCUUCAAGGACCUGUACGCCGCCACCGGCAUCGACCUGGAGAACAUCGUCUACUACAAGGACGAGACGCACUACUUCGUCAUGACGGCCAAGAAACAGAGCCUGCUGGCCAAGGGCGUCAUCGUGGAGGACUUCGUGGACACGAACCGGCUGUUGUCGCCGGACAACGUGAACAGGGAGAAGCUGAUGCAGUACGCGCGCGAGGCGGCCGACUUCUCCACCGACCACCGGCUGCCGCAGCUGCCGUUCGCGCUCAACCACUACGGCCGCGAAGACGUGGCCAUGUUCGACUUCACCUGCAUGUAUGCCUCGCUGAACGCCGGCAAGGUGAUCGAGCGGUGCGGCCACAGGCUGUUGCUGCAGCUGGUCGGCGACAGCCUGCACGAGCCGUUCUGGCCGACGGGCAGUGGCUGCGCGCGCGGCUUCCUGUCCUGCUUCGACGCGGCCUGGCAGAUGCGUGCCUGGGCUAACCCGCGCGUCACGACGCUCGAGUGUCUGGCCGAGCGCGAGUCCAUCUACCGGCAGCUGGCGCAGACGACGCCGCGCAACCUCAGCUGCGAGUACGGCGGCUACACCCUCGACCCGCGCACCAGGUACCCGAAUCUGAACCGGACGUCGGUGAGCCCGUACCAGGUGUGCGCGCUGGUCGACACCGACUGCCCGGAGGCGCUGCAGCAGCAGCUGACGGUCGCCGACGAGGACGGUGGCGGCCGGCCGGCCAAGAAGCGUCGCAAGGAACCCAUCCACCCGGACAUGCUGCUUAAGUGGUGCCAGAAGCAGCUGGCGCUCACCGACAUCCGCGUCACCGACCUCACCGGCGACUUCAAGUCAGGGCUGGCGCUGUGCGGCAUCCUGCACAAGUACCGGCCGGACCUGCUGGAGCUGUCGGCGCUGAGGCCGGACGACCCGCUGGCCAACAACCAGCUGGCCUUCGAGCUGCUGGAGCGCGAGCUGGGCGUGCCGCCGGUGAUGAGCGCCCAGCAGAUGGCCGCCUGCAGCACGCCCGACCGGCUGGCCAUGCUCAGCUAUCUCAGCCAGGUGUACGACGCGCUGCACGGCGAGAUCCCCUACGUCAAGCCCAAGAUCGCCGAGCUGCUGCGGGACGAGCCAGAGUCGGGCCGGCGCUCCUCGGCCGGCCGCACCAUCCCCGACGGCCGGCGCAGCUCCCUCAGCGAGAACCACCGCAAGCAGCGCAAACGCAAGAGCGACGCCGUCAAGGACAAGGGUCGUGUCAUACAGGACCUCAAGAAGGACAUCAAGCAAGCGGCCGGUCCUGAGCUCACCAAGAAGGAGGAGUUCGCCACCAAGAUUAAGGAUCUGGAGGCCAAGUUUAAGGGCCAGUACCAGCCGCCUGACAAAAAGCCCAAGGACUUGUCACGCGCCAUCGGCCGCAUCGAGAAAACCGACUGGAACCUGCAGCAGAUCGAGAAGAAGAUCGAGGACAGCAAGCGCGUGCACGUGAACCGCGACCGCGACCAGACCGUGCCCAUGUGGAGCAAGGACAUGUUCGAUGACAAGUACCAGGCCAUGCGCAACUUGUCGGAGCGCGGCACGGUGGCGCCCGAGACGCUGCGCAAGUACGCCGACAUCGACCAGCACCUGCGCCGACUGGAGCUCAAGCUGCGCGAGGGCACCACGCGCGACGUGGGCCAGCGCGGCUCCAACCGCGUCUCACAGAUGGCGCAGCAGUUCCUGGCGCGUGACCGGCUGCCGCUGGAGAAGGAGAAGACGGACGCCGGCGCGACGGAGGCCUGCCACUUCUGCGGCGAGCGCGUCUACCUGGUGGAGCGUAUGUCGGCAGAGGCCAAGUUCUUCCACCACAACUGCUUCCGCUGCGAGUACUGCGGCGCCGUGCUCAAGAUGAUGAACUACGCAUACGACCAGGACUCGGCCCGCUUCUUCUGCAUGCCCCACUUCGGCCUACACUCGCUGGUCAAGUACAAGUACCAGCGCAAGGGCGCCCCGGAGGAGCCCGCCGACGCGCCCGACAAGCCGCAGACGCUGUCGGUGGCGCCGGCGUCGGCGGCGCUGCGCGGCGCCACGCCUGAGCGGGCCGAGUUCGAGAACAGCGUGGUGGUGCAGUCCGAGGAGGAGGGCCUCUCCGAGAUGGACGAGGAUGAGUGGACCGACCACAACUUCGGCAUGUCGGCCUGCCGAGCUCACCAGCGAGGACGUACUCGACGAGGAGGACAGCGACGAGAACGACCUGUCGUCGUCCGGCGACGACGAGUACGAGGCGCCGCUGGACGAGGACGAGGCGCUGCGGCUGGCCGAACGCUGGCGGCGCCGGCACUCGCAGGACGCGCUGGACGAGCCCAGCGACCUGUACGAGUCGGACGGCGUGGACCGCGACGGAGACGACUCGGACACGGCCACGGACACGGACGCGGUCUGAUCUGGCACCCCUCUGACCUGGCCCUAGAUUCGGACACGGCCACGCAGUCGGAGACGGAGGACGACGCGUCGGCCCGGCAACGGCGCCAGCAGGAGCUGCACCUGGCCGAGGACGUGCUCAAGUCACGCAACCGCAGUAGCAAGCAUGGCGACACCAGCGAUACCGAGACGUCCUCCGACUCGGACUCGUCCUCGGAGACAUCCUCGGAGGACGAGGACGCCACCGAGGUGGCCACCGACUCGGAGUUUGACGACGCGCCUGUGUCGGCGUCGCUGCCGCUGCCGACGAUCGUCAUCGAAAACUCGGCUGUCAGCGACGCCGCGUCGCCGCCGGUGACGCCCGAGCCCGGCCGGCGGCCGGAGCCGAUCGGCGCCGAGCAGCAGAGCGGCGGCACACCGGACCCGGCGGCGGCGGCGGCGGCGGCGCCGGUGCCAGUGCCGGCGCGGGCACCGGGCGGGCCUGCCCGCACCGCCGCCAAACCCAAGCCCAAGCCCACCGCUGCGGAGGGCACCAAACAGGUGCCGGCCAAGGUCAGGGCCAAGACGAUCGAGAACACCAACGCACGCCCGCGCGCCGCCGCGCCCCAGAAGCAGCCAGAGCCGAAGCCGGCGGCCGUAGAGGAGGAAGAGGAGGAAGACUCGGUGGCGAAAAUAAUCCGCGAGGCGCGCAAAAGCGCGCUGCCGCACCGGCCCUACCUGAUCCAGCGCACUGAGUCAAGCGAGGCAAUCGCCUGGAAGAGCUCGCUGGAGCUGAAGCGCAAAUACCUGACGGAGCAGGCGGCGCCGUACGCGCCCAGCAAGUCGCAGUCGACCACCGACCUCGACAGCCGCGUCAAAACCUUCAUGAGCCGCAUCUCGGAGACGCAGAAGCUGCUGGGCGCGCGGCCGGCGGCGGCGCCGGCCGCGCCGCGGCCUCCCGCGGGCGCCGACUCGGCCGAGGUGGAGGAGAGUCUGACGGACGUCUCGGCGGUUGAGUCGCCCAGCGACAGGUUGGAGCCGGCCCCGAAGCUGGAUGACACGCGGGCUGACUUUGACGCCCUGCUGGAGAACCUGGACGUCACCGUGCUGCAGGGCAAGUUCGACGGCCUGUGCGAGGAGCCGCCAGCCGCGCCGCCGCCCGACUCGCUCGACUCGCCGGCCGAGUCGGCGGCGCGCGACGCCACCGAGCUGGACCUGUCCGACUGGGCGCACGAGUCGGAGGUGGGCAGCGUGGCCGACGUACCGCGCCACUUCCAGAUCGACGACCGCUUCGUGACGAAGCGGCGCGGCGGCGGCGCGUGCGCCGAGCGUGCCAACCUGGCCACGCUCAGCGACUUCGAGGACGUGCCCGACCUGCCUGAGGACUCGCCCAGCGAGCCGGCCGCGCCGCCCGCGCGCGAUGAGCUCGACGAGCUGGAUUUCGCCGACAACAGUGCCAGCGGCGAGGAGGGCGGCGGCGCGGCCGCCGAACCACUGCCGCCGAUCAGAAACCUCGGUCACUGUGAGUACGUGUUCCCGGAGGAGAUGGCGGCCGGCACCGGUGGCGCGAGCGCGCGCUUGCUGCUGCAGCGCAGCCCCACCGACUCGGCGAUCGUGGUGGGGCAGCGGCCGGCCGGCGCGCGCGCCCAGCAGGGCAGCGUAGUGCGUGACCUGGUGCUGAGUCGCGUCAAGUCGCCCCGACCGGAGCGGGCGGCGGUGGCGGCGUCGGACGCGGCCAGCCCCGACCUCUCGAGCAGCCGCUCACUGUCGCGUAGCCCCGAGCGGCCCGGGCCCGAGGGACGCUCGGACACGGGCAGCGCCGGCCACGACACCAAGAAGAAGCGCGAGCGGCGCAAGAGCAUCAUCCAGGCCAUCUCGGACAUCUUCAAAUCGGGGGACAAGAAGGAGAAGCCGUCCAGCCCGCCGCCCGAGCGCGUGCUGUCGGCCAGCCCGCCGCGAACGCCGUUCGUCAAGGCCAACUCUGUCCGGGACAAGCUCGGCCUCCGGCUGAAGAAGGUCAAGGACCGGAAGUCGGAUGGCGGUGGUGCGGCGGCGGCGACUCGGGAGCCGGAGGAGGGACGGACGCCCGGCCCGGACCCGGCCGUCACGCAGAGCCCAGACUCGUCGCUCGACUGCUCGCAGUACAGCGAGGUGACGUCGCCUCAGGGCACGCUCAGCCGCCGCUCCAAGACGAGCCGCGCCGCCAAACACGCCGAGAUGCGCCGGCUGCAACGGGCGCAGGAGCUGCAGCGCGAGCUGGACGAGGUGGAGGUGCGCCAGCGCGACCUGGAGCGGCGCGGCGUGGCCGUCGAGAAGGCCAUCAGGGGAGAGGGGCAGGCCGCCGGAGACGACGAGGCGGCCCUGAUGCACGAGUGGUUCGACCUGGUGCACGAGCGCAGUCUGUUGGUGCGGCGCGACCAGCUGCUGCAGCUGCAGGUGCGCGAGCUCGAGCUGGAGGACCGCCACGACCGACUGCAGCUGGAGCUGCGCGAGCGCAUGGCGACGCGCGACUCGCAGAAAACGCCCGGCGACAUUGACCGCGAGCGCGAAGUGGUGACGGCGCUGCUGGAGAUCGCCGAGCAGCGGCGCGCCCUGCGCCGCGCGAUGGACGACGAGCAGGAGAGACUGCGCGCCGAGUGCGAGUCGGCCGAGAGUCGGCGCCUGCCGCUGGCCGCCUCGGCCGCCGGACCGGCCGAGUCCACCGUGUAG